UCAAGCUCCAGUGGGACAGAGAGACUGCGAUUCAUAUUCACAGUCUUAGAACAAGCCGUGGAGUUCUGACAGAGGACAAAUCUCACUGCUUUCACCCCCAUUAUUCCAUACAAUGUGAGGAUCAUGGCUGAAAGAAGGUCUGACUGGGUGGAGAUUGUUGAGCCCCGCUCCAGGGAGCGCAUGUAUGUCAACCUACUGACUGGCGAGUGUGGGUGGGAAAAGCCGUCCGGCGUCCCUGUUCGACAGUCGGAUGGCAAACAGUGGUGGGAGCUUUUUGACAGCAAUAACAAUCGGUUCUACUACUACAACUGCACGAGCCAACAGACGGUGUGGCACAGACCUCAAGAUUGUGACAUAGUGCCUCUAGCUCAACUCCAAGCCAUGAAGAGGAGUUCAGAGGCCGAGCUCAGGGCUCAAGGAAGGCUCCAGAGGGGACUGGUAGACGGCAAGUGGACCCCCCUGCCAGGAAUGGUUUCACCCACGCCGGAGCUGGAGAGUGGGAGGGAGACACCAUCCUCUAUGGGGAAAGGGGACAGCCUGGAGAAAAGGAGCCAGGGAAAUAGGGAAACUGCUCAAAGAUGGCAGCCUGCUCCGGGAUCCAAGGCAGCCAUGUUGGUGAAAGUGAACAGCAUUGGUAGAAACCAAUCUCUGGGUCCUUCUAGCACCCACCAUCUCCUCCAUCUCAACCCCACCAGUACCACUUCACCCAAGCCAAGUUACACUCCCCAACCUGACAGAACCUGCCUACUUGGAAAAAUGGCUGUGCCAGGAGACUCCAAGCAGUACCAUCUCAAAAAGGCAGAUAAUGCCAAUUUCUGUCUGGUUCUGCCCACUUCAAGCUCUUCCUCUUACCCUGCCCAACCACGCUCUGGAGCAGGUACACCUCGCCCCUCCUCCCCACAGUACGGAGCCACACCCUCAGUACCCAUCUAUGAUGAACCCCCACUCAUAGACCCACCCAUUUAUGAUGAACCCCCAGUGGAAAUGGAAGUGGAGGGGGGGCACCAUUUAAACCGGGGUCCCUACUCCAGCAAUCACAGCUUGAUGCAAGGAACCCAGCCUCCUAAACUUCUCCAGUACUCCCAGUCCAAGCACAUGUGCAGCUCUUCAGCUAAUGAGUACAGUCCAGCUGGCCGGGAGUGCAUCAAGCACAUGGUGAAUGUGGAUGUGGCUACGUCCAAGCACCAGUCCUCUAAUCCCAGCGAGGGUUCUUCAAACACAGCCAGUUCUCAAAUCCAGCCUCAGUCCCCAAUCCCUGCCCAGAUUAAAAAGGAGGUCUCUGUAGAGAAGAAGCAGUCAUGGAGAUUUUUGGAGCCUCACCACAGCCGUCAAAGCAGCCUGGCCUCCCAGGAGUACCCAGGUCCUGCUGCCAUUACGUACCAGGACUCAGGCUACUCCACCGGGCCGUCACCAAGCCUGCGGAGGAAGAACCGGCGUCGCGCAGCUCUGGGUGUAGGGUCGGGACGGCCUGGCUCCGUGGGCAGCAGUGGAGAAUUGAGUGCACUCAAUGAGAAGCUGAUGGCAGAAAUGAGAGCAGUGGUGAGCCGUUCAAAUGUGCUUCAUGGAAGCAAGGCCAGUCUGGACACUGAGAUGGGUUCAGAGGCUUCUGAGAGUACUGCCCGCUCACCGGUCAGUUCAUUAAAGAUAGGUGCAAGAGGGAGUGGAAUGCUGGGGUCAAGGGAGGAUGUGACAUCAAGUAAUCGCUCGCUGUAUAGGGGUGGGUGUAGCAACCAUGGUGACGUACUGCUGUCGCCACUGGUGACAGACGGCCUGGGAGGCAGGCAGAAAAGGAUGUUCGAGAGAGUGGAUUCGUUGGAAAAGAGUGUAACGUCGCAGACCAGUUUGUCCUCUCCAAUACCACCCAGGUCACCAUCACAGACAGGAACACUGGAAUCCAAAACUCAGCAGGACGUGUUGCCCCAAGACUGUGACCAUGACAGAGUGGGUCGUGGAACUGCCCACAUCACCCAUAGAAACAACAACAACAGUCCACCACCCUCCCACACCAGCACGGGUUACCAGUACCCGUAUACCACCCUCUGCAAGCCUCCACAUGAUGCCAACAUGGAGGACUGGGCCAGCAAGAAUCUUAACCAGCACACACAGGGCCUGUUCCGCCGACGAGUCUCCAUCGCUAAUAUGCUAUCAUGGAACCGUGGCUCCAUUAAGAAACCCAUGUUGAUUACCAGUGACCGGGCUGUCAAGAAGGAAGCCUGCGAGAUGUUCAAGCUGGUACAGGCCUACAUGGGAGACAGGCCGGCCAGGCUGGAUAAACGGCAUGCAGCCCUUCAGGUAGUGACAAAGUGUUGGGGAAUGCAAAGUUUGAGGGAUGAGCUGUAUGUGCAGUUGGUGCGGCAGACCACCAAUAACUUGAAUUUGAGGAGUCUGGAGGCGGGUUGGGAGCUGAUGGCCAUCAGCCUAGCGAUCUUUUCGCCUUCCCCCAAAUUUAGACGCUACUUGGAAGGCUACAUCCAGAGACACCUUGAGCCCAGGAAUGAUAAGAAGAUACUUCAGAAUAUCAUGGAACAACAGGACAUAAAAAACAAGAAGAAUUCAAAGUCCAGGAAGAAGAGGAAACAGAACAAUGAAGAAGAGGAGGAGCAGGGUCUUCCCAUCAGCACUUAUGCUAAGUACUGCUACCGUAAGCUGCAGAAGGUGGCCAUUACUGGGGGCAAGAAGGGUCUGAGGAAGCCCACUCUGGAGGAGAUUGAUCACGGACGGAACGCCAUCGUGACGCCGUCUCUGUUCGGCAGUGCUCUGGAGGAGAUCAUGGAGAGACAGAGUGAGCUCUUCCCAGAUAGGAAACUUCCCUGGGUGCAAGUGCAGCUCUCGCAAUAUGUACUGGCCCUGGGUGGAGCCCAAACUGAGGGCAUUUUCAGAGUACCGGGGGACAUUGAUGAGGUGAAUGCUCUCAAGCUACAGGUGGACCAGUGGAAUAUUCCAGAAAACCUCUCUGAUCCCAACGUCCCAGCGUCUCUGUUGAAGUUGUGGUACAGGGAGCUUGAGGAGCCAGUAAUUCCUCAGAGUUUCUAUAAGCAGUGUAUCAGUCACUAUGAAGAUCCUGAUGCUGCCAUUAGUGUGGUUCAGUCGCUACCAGAGCUCAACAGACUAGUGCUCUGCUACUUCAUCAACUUUUUACAGGUCUUUGCCCAGCCAGUGAAUGUGAGUAGGACUAAGAUGGAUGUGAAUAAUUUGGCAAUGGUCAUGGCUCCAAACUGCCUGCGCUGUCAGUCUGAUGAUCCUCGAAUCAUCUUCGAAAAUACUCGGAAAGAGAUGUCCUUUCUCCGUAUACUUAUUGUCCACCUGGACACCAGCUUCAUCAAGGGCAUAAUCUGACCCCUCAGACUCAAAUCCUCUGCUAAAACUGUGGAAUGAAUCAUCCAGGAGAUGAUUCGAAUCAGGAUAUUCUUCUACUCAGAGAAUCAUUCUCGUCUUCAAGUUUCACAAUAUUAGUUCCACUGACUUUUGGAAUACACCUCAAAUCUGGACUUGGCUCAAAAUGAUCAUCCUAAACGUAAUCUUCUUUGAGAAAACUACUCUUUUUGGAGCCUGUAUAAACUGAAUCAAUUUACUAAGUUUGAUUCCAUGUUGCAAAGAUCAAAGACAUGGUUAUGAUACAAGACUUAAUGAUACAAGAUAAAGUCUUGCAUAAAAAAUAACACAAAAUGCAUUACCUUUGUUUUCUUGGGUUUGUUUUUUCUUCUAUCUUUUGUAUUAAUUAGAGGGGAAAUACAUCCUUUGGACAAUCAUAAUCUUUUCCUUUCAGUCCCAAUACCCUACAUGCAAUAUGAUCUGCAGUGUAUUUCCUUAAUUUAAUAUGGUAUAAGUGUUCUGAUUAUUUAAUAGCAACUAUUUGUGAGCUUAAGAAUGAGUGUUUGGGGGGUGGGGGGGGAUUAUAGCCUUCGGUUUUGUGUAUAAGCCUACAAUCAAGCUCAGGAGGUGACAUUUCAGAGCAAUGAAUAGAAUGGCUCUAAAAAAUACUUAGCAUAGUGGUCAGUGUUUGGGGUCUGGCACCCUACAUGGGUCCUGAUGGUGUUUCUUGGUUUUCGAACAAGUUUUCACUGAUGUUAAAGAGUGCGUGUGUGAAGUGCCCAUGUAAACACACUAAACUAUCUGUGUGUCUGCAUUGCAAUAAGCCCCAAAUGGAAGGGUACCAUGAGCCAAAGUUAGAAGAGUGUUUUUCUACUGUCACAACUGUAGUUUUCAAUCAUCUCUCCUGUUCCCAUUUGAAAAUGCAAAACUGAGUUUCCAGAAGUUGGCUGGCUAUGUCAAUAUAGUUAGUCCAGAAACAUACUACAUGCAAGCACACAAAUGCAGAUGUGAAUGUUAAGUCAACAAAUUGCAAACGUGUGGUAUCAUUGUACAUACUUUAGUGUGAAGUGCGUAAUGACACUAGCAUUAGAAAACGGAAUUGCAAAAAAAAAAAUUCAAACAGGUUUCCCAAACACUCCCCAUCUGUCAGGUAGUCUCAUCCCAAACUCACACCAUGGGUUUAGCUAAUGUUGCUUUGUCAGGCUGUUAAGGAUGCUCUAACAAAAUGUUUACACUUUUCGGGGAAAUCAACCUACGAUUAGCUUAGUUGUGUCUGCAUAUGAAGUGAGCUAGUAUGCUUUACAAUGGUAAUGUCAAACAUCAGUACUCAAGGGGCGAUAGAGUUACCUUGAAAUGACUGUACCAGUAAACCGAAUGUGUUACUAUUUGGUAGCGGUUGACCGAUUAAUCUGUGUUGCUGUAAGUGCAGUGUAGUUCUAGUGGGAAGACUCGCAGCUGUACAUCAUCGCACCAUUAGCUAGGUGACUCCUAGCCAAUCAUGCGUCAGCCAUUGCUUGAUAAGUAUGCUUACAAUCACAUUGAUGUUUCAAUGUGCCAACACGGCAACCUCCACCACCCCACUGGCACUAGUUGAGUCCCGUCCUGCACGGGGGCAGGCUCCUUGCCCCUGCCUCCUAUCUCUGGCAGGAUCUGACAUUCCGAGUACAACUUCUUCGGACCGCCAGACGGGGCUUACGCCAAAGAGAGACAUUACAUUCCUGUUUUAUAUUCAUCAAAUAAAUGUAAUCUUAAACUUUACUCAAGUCUGCGAGUCUUCCUGUUGGAACUAUUGGUUAUUGGAAAAAAUGAACAGCAAUAGUUCGCCAAUAGUUACCCCCCCCCCGUGGAUGGGGUUGUAAAGUUCUAAAGUAUGGCCAUGAUGUAUUCUGGGCUUGUUUAUUGUUAAAUGUCUGCGUUAUGAACCAAAUCGUAUUUUCUUCUGGUUAAUAUUGGUAUUUUGGUUGCGCAUCUGGGAGUUCAUCCAAUUUGAACUCUUGUUUCCUCUAUGCCAGUGCAGUAGGAUAAGACUUAAGAACUUAUUUAACACAUUAAAUAAAUCGAUUUUAAAAACUAUUGGCUGAUUAAUCGGUUAUCGGCUUUUUCCACAAACUUAGUUAUCGGUAUCUAAGAAAUCCAACAUCGGUCGACCUUUACUAUUAAGGUAUCUCGCUAUAAACAUGUCGAGAGUUGAACUAACUUGCUCAGCAAGAUAUUGUUCAAACUGUUGCUCCAAAACUGUCCGUAGAAGACGGUUCACCUUGCAGCAAUCCAUUCCGAUAUAUUUUCGAACGCAACAUGUUUAAUUGAGCUUGUGUAGCUAGAAGUAUUUGCGUUCAUGCACUAGCGUAGAGUGUAUUUCAGCCUUUACCAUUAUCACUGGUACCUUUUGCCACCAAAUUGAAACCAAUAAAUUGUUUUUCUACGCGUUUUUGGUAUAUGAACUCAUCUGAAAAUUCCAUUUUUGAUGGUUCACUCAAAACUGAACUACCAUGAUUCAUCCCUGAUACAAAAUAAAAAUAAAAUUUGCUAUUGAUAUAAAGUGGGAUCUGCAAUCAGCUCUGCCUCUGCUUUUGUACAGUAUAUAGACCCCUCAUCUGAUGAAUAGUUGUGUUAUAAAGCUGAAUGAAUGGUGAAAAUAAGUGAGCUAUUUGAUUUGAGACUCUGAAUGGGAGUGUUUAGUCCUCUCCUGUUGCACUUCCCCCUCAGUUACUUUCUCCCAACUGUGGGUCCUCAUGAUCUUGGCAGAGUCUGAUAUUCAUCCUGCACUCUUACUGUAAAUGCUCCUUAAGGAUUCUGUGUCUUAUUUGCUCUGGCCCUCAAAUAAUGACUGACUUAGUUUCAUAAAGAACUCUGAAAGAAUAAAAUUUGUACAUUUGUAUAAUUGAACAAAA